AUAUGUCAUUGCCCAAUUUAAGAAAACAACAACAUUUACAUGCGGCUGGAGUUUCGGGUGUGUUCUAAAGGAAAUUGUGAUUUUGUAAAGUGAGAGAAUGAAAGCAAACAGUUUAUCGUCCAGUAAUAUGGAUUUGAAACGAGGAGAAGUUUCACACAUUUCCGCCUGGAAAGACAGAGAAGAAUUCGUAAAAGUUUACAACGGCAUAUUUUUGUCGGAACGGUCCGACAUUGAGGCAAACGAUUUAGCCCUUCAAACCUUGAAGGUGUGGAAACUUCGGCAGAACCGUGAAACACCGGUUAGUGUACAGUGUACCGCUGCCAUACUGGAAGUGCAAAUCUGCGAUGCUCGCCGACAGCAGGAUUCCAGUAAUAACGGUAAUAGCGACAAUGUUGAUAUUAAAGGCUUGUACUCUGGGGCAUUUACUCGGUUUAUAAACUAUCUUACGGAAAGUUACCAGCAGAGUGGUGCCGGCCGCAAAGGUAGCAUUGCCGAUCGUGUAAAAGAAAUAGGAAUCGAGGGCGGGUUGGUUGAGCUGAGGCAUCUGUGUGCCCACAGUUCGGUGACAAUUUCGAUUGAUGUCUUCCGAAGGUCAGCCGAAUACUGCAUGAAUUGGUUAAAAGAUUCCUACUGGCAGCGCGAGCUGCAGCAGUUGCAGAACUGUGAAAUUAGUCAAAUUCGCAGCGCCACACUUGCGUCCAAGUAUGAGUCGGAUCUUAAGUACAUGGCCAACGUUUAUGACAUUGUAACCAGUGCCAUUCAUAAAGGUGCCCAAACAACGAAAGCCGCAGAAAAGAAACUUACGCCCUCCAGGUUCCAGUUUUUACAAGAGUAUUCGCAAGCGAAUAAAAUCUAUCGGCUGAACGAACUCGUGUAUGAGAUUGUUCGCAACUUAUUGGAAAAUUUAAAACUGCCACAGUCUCACGUAACUGAUUCAGCAGUUUGCGACGCUUUCCUUAGCUGCGAGUAUAUGUUUCAAGCCCCGGUCAGCGGAAACACCCAGAGAUUGGCCAGCAUUCAUCAGCGUUUUUUUAAGAUGUUAAUAGACCUAGGCUACAUAGAGACAUAUUUGAAGAAACUAAUCCAGAUCUGCGAAGAUGAUCAACAGUCUUGCGAACGUCGAUUGGGGGCAAAGUUUUGGGCAAUUGAGGUAGCGCUAGCUUUUCGGCUGUUGAAAAAGUUUCAGAAGAUCAUCAGAAGUCUUCCGGAUCGAUCCCACCGACUCGCUCGGCGAUGGCACACGAAGAAAAUGUCCGGCACGGUUCGUGCAAUUUACGAAAAUAAGCUACGGGUCGAUCUGCAAAAUACCAUCAUCAUUGGUAUAUCGGCCAACUGUCCGUGGACCUUGCGACUCUCCAGGGACUAUCUGAUCGAAAGGCUUUUAAACGUUAAUAAGUACACGAAGGAAAUUUUACCAAUUAUUCUUGCUCUAGCGGAACCACAUCUGAAACUCUCCCAACGGGAAAAUCUUGAAGCUGCCAUGGAAAAAUGCAGCAGCGAUUAUCUGACUCUCAUCGACGACGGGACCGAAGCAGAUGCAGACUUAACGGGAGAUAAAACAUCAACUCCCAAGCGGGCGGGUUUGCGAAAACUGCAGCAAUCAAAAGUGUAUACCGUUGAGGAUGUGAUGAAUGCUGUAGCCGCGGAAGCAACCGGUAGUGACGUGGAACACAAAUCGAAACAACCUAAUAAGUUUGGUGUUUGGAAUGAUGCUCCUGCUUCUGUUGAGUUGGAUUGGGGUAAAUGUCCUUGGGGAAAACUAAUUUGGGAAUGAUAUGAUAAUCAUAUGAUA